AUGUCAGACUCUUCCGACUUUGAUGACGACUCAUGCACGUCGACCCUGGGUUGCGAUAGAGCGGGCUGCCACGACGAGGGCGGCAGCGAGGAGGGCGGAAAUGUGCUCUUCUCAAAUCCCUCGUUCACGGGGCAGAAUAGGGCCUCGCUCGUGGUGCACAAGCAAAAGAAACACGCGGUAGAGGAACGUCGUGCGCGCCACGCACAGAGCUCGCCCGCAGGGUCUUCCGCCGCGUACCCUCUGGAUCUAUACCUCGUCGACACUGAAGGAGCCACAAGGGGAUACAGGCUUGUCGCCGCAGGAGUGGAAGCCAGUGGCUCGUUUACUCUCCCAAGAGAGGAGCACGAUGAGUCCGAUGAAGUAGCGCCAAUAUGGGCCAUAUUCAUAUUCAUCUGCAUAUUCAUUGCCUUUGGUGGCAUUAUAUUGAGAUCUGAAUGGCACCAUACAAACCCGGUAGACGAUGGCUCUUGA